AUGUCCAAGUUCGACGGAGCCACGGCCUCAGCCCCGCGAUCCCCGCGCACCCCGCCUUCCGCUCUGGGCCCGGACCCACAGCCGGCACCGUACAGCACCUGGUCCGGCCCACCCAGCACAGCAAACAUCCUGACUCGCCAAUUGGCCGCCGUCGCUCUCAUCAUCCUCCUGUACACCGCAUCAAUUCCCUUCACGCCCGUCAUCUGGGUCAUGAACAUCGAGGGAAGCUCCUUCAUCGACCGUCUCUUCGCCGGCAUCGUCAUGCUUUCGGCCUGCUACUUCCAAUGGCAGAUUGCAGGCCUGACUCGCCCUCUCGCCAUCGUCUUUCCCGGAAGCAGUGGCAGCGUCAUUCGGAAUGGUCGCAUUGAGAGAGGCUCGACCAUGGGAUUUGUAUGGCAUCCGUCAAAUUACUGGCCGUACAUCAUCUGCGAGGCGAUGCUUCUGGCUCUGGCUGAAUUCGGAACCAGCGAGAUGCUGAGAAGGAGCAUUGUCUGUGGGAUUGUUGCUGGGCUGUGGGCUGUUGGAUACAGCGCGACGCCAGAGUCGACGAAAAGGUGGGCUUACGAGCACCUCAAAGCGUGGAUGUUCUGGAUGGUCUUGGACGAGAUCAUGCGAGUUGGUCGAAGCAGUGUCAGUGGCCGUCGUCGCCGAUAUUAA